UAAUAAUUUCUUUAAAAACAUGUUUUAAUGUAGUAAUGUUAAAAAAUGUAUAUUUCAGGUUAUGUAAUGUGACUCCACAAACACCCUGGGGUCGAGUUAUUACCAUUCUGUAUGCAUUAAUUGGCAUAACAUUAAUGUUAUUAUAUCUUUCAACUAUGGGUGAAACUUUGGCCAAGAAUUUCAGACGCAUCUACUCAAGGAUGUGUUCUGUUCCGUCCCGUCGAGAUGAAGAAGAUGAUGAACGUCAGGAUAGCAGACGUAAACGUCUUCCUCCUAAUACGGUGUCAAGUAACCACAUAGGAACUACUGGAGGAAGUGGAGGUGAUUUCAUCGACUACUAUCGAUAUGACUUUGAAACGAUAACUGGUUCUGCUGCAUUACCACCUAUUUCUCUUUCGUCUGCAAAUAUUAGUUUUAGUAACCAAAAACGAGUGCCCAUCCUAUUGUCACUUUCCAUCGUUGGAUUAUACGUAACUUUGGGGGCGUAUAUCUACCACAAGCUCGAAAAAUGGACGUUGUUGGAAGGGUCAUACUUUUGCUUCACCAGUCUAGGCACUAUCGGUUUUGGCGAGUUAGUACCCGGUGGGGUAGAAGCUACCAAAGACGUAUCGGUCUUUGUGUCGUCUGGCUACAUACUCAUUGGCAUGGCUAUUGUAGCCAUGUGCUUCCAAUUACUACAAGACGAAUUAGCCGCCAUUGCCCGAAAUUUCCGAUGGUGGUGGUGGUCAAGUAGAAAAGAGUUUGAGGAUGCGGCUAACAGUAAUGAUUCUGUAUUAAUUGUCAGCCCGACGCAUAACUCCUGACAAACAGAUUUCGGGCCGGUGACGGUAAUCGAUCGAUCGCCACUGUCACCUUCUCUUGUUAAAAAAUUGCCACUACCACCACCGGCAUUCGACGAUCACGAUCGACAUCGCAGUGCAAAGUUCCUCUUCCUCCACUUUCAUUUCAACGAGCUUCCGUUGGUCGCUGUUCCGUUCAGCCAAUCAGCAGAACAAUAGCGUCCGCAGCUACUACUACGGAAUAUUUGAUACCCCACAGUGCUAGUGAUCACAAUCUCUGUUCAACAAUUGAACUGGAGAAACUACCACCUCUACCACCAUACGCUUUACGUGUUGUUUCGGUAACACCACCAGCUAAACAGUCUUGUAUCGUUCGAUCUAAUCGUGACAAAGUAGUCACGUUUGAAGAUGAAAAAAGAACGUUCAAAGAUAGCAAUCGAGUAGCUAGUAAUAAUGAUCUAGAUGUGCGAAGUUUUCAUUCAAGUAAUUGAUAUUAAAUUAUUUUUAAAAAUAUUGUUAAGCAGUGCUCAUAUUAAUAAUUUUUAAUUCAUUUUUUCUGAAUGGACGUACAACUAAAUAAAA